UGCAGGGUUCUGGUGGUUGUAUUUGCUAAACGUCACCUUUUCUUUUAGGUGCGCUCUUGCACAUUUUACGAACCUUCUUUUUACUUUGAUCGUUGACGGAGAAGGCAGCAUAACCACCCAAGCGCAAGCACAAGCAUUUUAGCACCCAUUUAUUUGAUGCGUAGCGAACAUAUUAUUUAAAUAAAGGCUUAAAGUACGUGCUCGCAAAAUCGCGUUUCAUUCUCCAGUCAACACACUAAAAUACUUUUGCGUAUAACCUAAAAUUGUACAAAGAACCAAUAUGAGCAGCGAGGAAAAUACGAUUCCCGAGGGAUCUGCCGUACCGUCAUCCAGCGCAUCGGCCAUAAUAAGUGUAACCGCAUCACCAGUCGCACCUCCUCCACUUCAGGAACUCGCGACCAUCGAAGCACCUUCACAAACUUGGACAACUGCGCUAAUUGAUAGGGAAUCUCGAUUCGUCGGUGCUAUAUCCGCGCAAGAGGAUGUAUUUUCAGGUGCUAUAGCAUUAGGUACCACUCAUAUAGGGGAGCAUUCACAGAUGGCACCUUUAGCCAGCACAACCGUCACUUCCUGUACAUCCGCAGGUGCAACCUUAUCGGAUUUGCAGACACAUGUGAAUUUAGGCGCUCCAAUUUCGUCACCGCCCACACGUGUUCAGGCUCUAACCUCAAAAUACGAUGCGUACAUUCGGCAAGCGCCUUUGACGACAUGUAUAGAGUCUGGCCCGUUUUCUGCACAUGUACAUGGUAUCAGAACCUCAGCGAUGAACUCAUACCCUUCCACGGCGCUGUACAACGGUGUAGGUAAUUUUGGGGGUCACCGACCAGCUGCCAAUUCGACAUUUGUUUACUCAAUCGCUGAAGGGGCACCGCAGAGUGGUAACGUUACGCAUUCAUGCGCACAUAGGUUUUCGGGCGCUUCGCAGGUGUGGACAUCUCGCCAGUCUCAACCGUUUUCGUUUAUACCACCAGCAUCAGGGUUGCCGAAUGUGGCGAACGGAAAUCAAAGUGCAUGGGGCGCAAUGGGUCAGUCAGGGCUAUACACAACUUACGAUGCAACGUUGUUGCCCUCGCAUGUAGCUGCGAGGCAAGCCAUUACUAAGGACUUACCCUCCUUUUCCGGUAAGCCGGAAGAGUGGCCUUUAUUUAUUACUAAUUAUGUUCAAUCUACGGAGCGCUGCGGGUUUUCUGACCAAGAGAAUCUUAUUCGGUUGCAGAAGUGCUUGAAAGGCGCUGCACUUGAGUCAGUCCGAGGAAAAUUAAUGAUGCCUGCCACGGUAAACUUGGCCAUCGAAACUCUGCGUAUGCUCUUCGGUCGGCCAGACGUGAUUCACGAAACGCUCCAACGUAAGCUGCGAGAGGUGCCUCCUGUACGGAUCGAAAGGUUAGAGAGCUUGAUUGAAUUCGGCCUGGCUGUGCAAAAUUAUAGGGCGACGAUGCAAGCUCUGGGUCUCGAUGGCUAUUUGGACGAUCCCAUGCUACUCAACGAACUCCUGAGUAAACUUCCAGGUGAAAUGAAGCUGGAAUGGGGUAGACGUCGUUUAAGUCUUGCACGCGUAGAUAUUAUUGCGUUUGAUGAGUGGCUCUUCGGACUGGCAUCCUGUGCCAGUCAGGUUACUCCUGUUAAUAGCGUUCCAUCAGAGGUGAAGGUAGGAAAUAAAGGGCGCCGGGAACGGUUACUUGUCCACGACGCAUCCUCAACUUCUGCCAGUCGUACGCCGGGGUCGCAGAAGGUCUCGUGCCAUAAGUGUACAGGUGCACAUGAUUUAGCUGAGUGCCGUGAAUUCAAGGCAUUAAGUAGGCAAUUACGCUGGCAGUUAAUUAAAGAGAAGAGACUUUGUAUACGAUGUUUUAAGAAUCACCAGGUUCGUCGAUGCAAUUCCAACAAAUGGUGCGGCGUCGAUGGAUGUCGUUUGGCUCAUAAUCCGUUGCUGCAUGGGCAGCGACUUCAACAACAAACUAAGCCACAUGAAAGCGAUGAUACAGGGAAUGCUGAAGUCGAAAAUUCCGUGAUAUGCUUGCAUCAGAAGCCGCAUGACAGAGCUAUCUUCAGGUAUGUUCCCGUAACUUUACACGCCAACGGUGUAACUCUGGAAACAGUUGCACUUAUCGAUGAAGGUGCAUCUUGUACAUUGUUGGACGAUACCCUGGCUCGACAACUCAAGCUUAGUGGCCCUAGCGAGGAGCUUUGUCUCAGGUGGACAGGCAAUAUUACCCAGCAAGAUAAGAAUUCUCAAAUCGUAUCCUUUGAGAUUUCAGCAAGAGGAAACGACUCUGUUAAGUAUGGUAGGCGAAGCGUACGCACCAUCGCGAAUUUGAAGUUGCCGCGACAAUCGCUGCAAGUGGGCGACAUACGGGAGCGCGAUCACCUUAAGUCACUACCUAUAGUGUCGUACGACUCAUCCAGAGCUGGUCUCCUGAUUGGCCUAGAUCAUGUAAAACUGUGUGUACCGUUGGAGGUUCGUCAAAGUCAAAACGAUGGCCUGGUAGCAGCGCGCUGUCGACUAGGAUGGUCUGUCUACGGUCGUGAUAGGCACGAUAGGUCGCCCAACGAGAGAUUGAUGCACAUUUGUGAGUGCAGUAAAGAUGGCAACCUCGACAACCUAAUGCGAUCAUUCUUUUCUGUUGAGUCAGUUGGAAUAAGUCCAACUGUUAAACCUCCAAUGUCAAAAGACGAUGAGCGUGCGUGGCAGAUAAUGCAAAGCACAACAAAAUAUGUUGAAAGUGAAAGGAGAUGGGAAACGGGGCUCUUGUGGAGAUUUGAUCGCAUUGAUCUACCGCAGUCGUAUCAAAUGGCACUCAAACGGCUUGAGUGUUUGGAAAGAAAAAUGGAGAAAAAUCCACAUUUAAAAGACUUCAUCACAGAAUGCAUUCAAGACUAUCUUCGCAAAGGCUAUGUGCGGAAGUUAAGUGCAGACGAGAUUUCCCACAGGAGGAAAGGCAUGGUACAUUCCAAUUUUUUCAGUCCUAAGCGUCAACAAGGGCAAGAGGCGGCUGGUGUGGGAUGCAGCCGUGAUAGUUGAGGGAACUGCUUUGAAUGAUGUGCUAC